AUGACGAACCGCCACGAGGGAAAUGAGUCUGCUUCCUCCUCCUCUGAGAAUAACAGGGGUUCAGCCGAGGAGCCAGAUAAUACUCUCAAGCAACAACCCCUCCGUCCUGCCCGUGCUUAUAUCCGCGGGGGCCCUCGCAAUUAUGGACGGGGGCACUGUCCGGGCUGUCGACAUGACCAAGAAGUCGACGACAACAACAACAUGGACAACAACAACAUAGACAACGACGACGGCGAUGUCAGCAAUAACAGUGGCUUUAUAGCCCUUAAUCUGGAACCGGAUGCCGAUGCACAAGCGCGGGUCCAGCUCCCGAAUCGUAACUGGCGCAUGACGAGAAAGCAGGUCAUCGGCACUGAGGUUGGCGUACUCUUGGUCGUUGUGAGGCUUAUUGGGGUUGGCGUGUACAAGGGCAAUACCGGAACCACUGCUGGUAUGAGGAAUUAG